AUGGAGGACGGUCAUGCUAAAACCGUCGAACAAGUUCUGCAAUUCUUCGGCACAGACGGAGAACGUGGUCUUACUGUCGACCAAGUGAAAUCAAAUCAAAAAAAAUAUGGCCCAAAUGAACUACCCACCGAAGAAGGAAAAACCAUUUGGCAGCUGGUGUUAGAACAAUUUGAUGAUCUUCUUGUUAAAAUUUUGCUUCUAGCUGCUAUUAUCUCUUUUGUCUUAGCACUUUUUGAGGAACACGAAGAUACGUUCACUGCAUUUGUAGAACCGUUAGUUAUUUUACUUAUUUUAAUAGCGAAUGCUGUGGUGGGUGUGUGGCAAGAGAGAAAUGCCGAAUCCGCUAUCGAGGCUCUUAAAGAGUAUGAACCGGAGAUGGGUAAAGUUGUCCGUCAGGACAAAUCGGGCAUUCAGAAAAUUAGAGCGAAGGAAAUCGUACCCGGCGACAUUGUUGAGGUGUCGGUCGGUGACAAAAUUCCGGCCGACAUUCGCAUCACUCAAAUUUUCUCCACUACCCUGCGCAUAGAUCAGUCAAUUCUGACUGGUGAAUCGGUGUCCGUUAUAAAACACACUGAUCCUGUGCCCGAUCCCCGCGCUGUUAAUCAAGACAAAAAGAACAUUUUGUUUUCUGGUACAAAUGUCGCUGCUGGCAAAGCUCGUGGAGUUGUCAUUGGCACUGGUCUUAAUACUGCCAUUGGUAAGAUCAGAACCGAAAUGUCCGAAACUGAAGAAAUAAAAACACCCUUGCAACAGAAAUUGGAUGAAUUCGGCGAACAAUUGUCAAAAGUUAUUUCCAUCAUUUGCGUUGCUGUCUGGGCCAUAAACAUUGGCCACUUUAACGAUCCCGCUCACGGCGGUUCUUGGAUUAAAGGUGCCAUCUACUAUUUCAAGAUUGCCGUCGCUUUGGCUGUAGCCGCUAUUCCCGAAGGUUUGCCUGCCGUUAUUACAACAUGUCUGGCUUUGGGCACUCGCCGUAUGGCCAAAAAGAAUGCCAUUGUACGCUCUUUGCCGUCUGUAGAAACAUUAGGUUGUACCUCUGUGAUUUGUUCAGAUAAGACCGGCACUUUGACCACCAAUCAAAUGUCAGUUUCACGUAUGUUCGUUUUUGAAAAAGUUGAAGGCAACGACAGCAGUUUCUUGGAAUUUGAAUUAACUGGUUCUACUUACGAACCAAUUGGUGAACUUUUCUUAAAUGGACAAAGAGUGAAAGCUUCUGAAUAUGAUGUUAUGCAAGAAUUAUCUACAAUUUGCAUUAUGUGUAAUGACUCCGCCAUCGAUUUUAACGAGUUCAAACAAGCUUUUGAAAAGGUAGGCGAAGCAACUGAAACCGCUUUGAUUGUAUUGGCAGAGAAAUUGAAUCCCUUCAGUGUUAACAAGAGCGGUUUGGAUCGUCGUUCGUCCGCUAUUGCUGUUCGCCAGGAAAUUGAAACUAAGUGGAAGAAGGAAUUCACCUUGGAAUUUUCGCGCGAUCGUAAAUCCAUGUCUUCCUAUUGCACUCCACUUAAGGCUUCUCGUUUGGGAACUGGACCUAAAUUAUUUGUUAAGGGUGCUCCCGAAGGUGUUUUGGAACGUUGCACACAUGCACGCGUCGGUACUUCUAAGGUUCCCCUUACAAGCGCCUUAAAGAGCAAGAUUUUGACCCUUACUGGUCAAUACGGUACUGGCAGGGAUACAUUGCGUUGUUUGGCUUUGGCUGUUGCCGAUAGCCCUAUGCGUCCCGAUGAAAUGGAUUUGGGCGACUCUACUAAAUUCUAUCAAUAUGAGGUUAAUUUAACUUUCAUUGGCGUUGUAGGCAUGUUGGAUCCCCCACGUAAAGAAGUAUUCGAUUCGAUUGUUCGUUGCCGCGCUGCUGGUAUCCGCGUUAUUGUUAUCACUGGUGACAACAAGGCCACCGCCGAAGCUAUCUGCCGUCGUAUUGGCGUGUUUACUGAAGACGAAGAUACUUAUGGAAAAUCUUAUUCAGGUCGUGAAUUCGACGACUUGCCACCUUCAGAACAGAAGGCUGCUUGCGCCAGAGCCCGUUUAUUCUCCCGUGUAGAGCCCCAGCACAAAUCCAAAAUUGUUGAAUAUUUGCAAAGCAUGAAUGAAAUCUCCGCGAUGACAGGUGAUGGUGUAAAUGAUGCGCCUGCUUUGAAGAAGGCCGAAAUCGGUAUCGCUAUGGGUUCUGGUACUGCGGUCGCCAAAUCUGCUGCUGAGAUGGUAUUGGCUGACGAUAACUUUUCCUCCAUUGUGGCUGCCGUUGAGGAAGGUCGCGCCAUCUACAACAACAUGAAACAAUUUAUCCGCUAUUUGAUCUCAUCCAACAUUGGUGAAGUAGUUUCUAUUUUCUUGACUGCUGCUCUUGGCCUUCCUGAGGCUUUGAUUCCAGUACAGCUAUUGUGGGUCAAUUUGGUUACUGAUGGUCUACCGGCUACUGCUCUUGGUUUUAAUCCACCUGAUUUAGAUAUUAUGGAGAAACCACCACGUAAAGCCGAUGAAGGUCUGAUUUCCGGCUGGUUGUUCUUCCGUUAUAUGGCCAUUGGUGGUUAUGUUGGUGCUGCUACCGUCGGUUCUGCUGCUUGGUGGUUCGUAUUCUGUGACGAUGGUCCUAAAUUGUCCUACUGGCAAUUAACUCAUCAUUUGUCUUGCUUGGGCGGCGGCGAAGAAUUCAAAGGUGUUGAUUGUAAAAUCUUCAGUGAUCCACAUGCUAUGACCAUGGCAUUAUCUGUAUUGGUAACCAUUGAAAUGCUUAACGCCAUGAACAGCUUGUCAGAAAAUCAGUCGUUGAUUACAAUGCCACCAUGGUCUAAUAUGUGGUUAAUUGGCUCGAUGGCCUUGUCUUUCUCGUUGCACUUUGUCAUCCUCUAUGUCGAAGUCUUAUCUACUGUGUUCCAAGUAACACCUUUGUCUGGCGAUGAGUGGAUGACUGUGAUGAAAUUCUCAAUUCCUGUAGUUUUAUUAGAUGAAACUCUUAAAUUUGUCGCUAGAAAGAUCGCAGACGUUCCCGAGGUUGUUGUCGACAAGUGGUAAUGAUCUGCAUCAUAAAAAUAAUAAAGUGUAAAAAACAAAAACAAACAAAAAAAGUAAAUAAAAUAUUAAACAAUACUUUGAUUUCUUAAAUUAAAAAGAAAAAAAAAAAAGAAACAGAAAAAGGAAAAAGGAAAAAAAAAAUCAAACGACUUAUUUAAGUAAAACAACCAACACUGCAGACAGACAGACAGACAGACAGACUUGUAUUGUUUAUCCCUUUAGUCUUACUGCUCUACACUAUCCAUAUACUGUUACGUUUACUACUGCUACAGUUAUAGUGUCCAGUAAAGGAACAACAACAACAAUAAGAACAACAAGAACAACAAUAACAACAACAACUGUCGAAAUGUUUCCCUCGUUAAAGGUGAACGGUAUUUGAAUAUUAUUUUAUGUAAUAAUUUAUUUUUUUUUUUUUUUUAAUUUUUUUUAAUUUUCUUUUUUUUUUCUUUUUUGUUGUUUUUUUGUUCAAAUUUUAUUUUAAUGUACUGUUAUAAAUGUGUUAUAAACUGCUAUAAACAUAUAGAAAAAAUAUAUAGUAACGGUAGAUGAAAACCAUGAA